AUGUUUGCAGUAUGGAUCACUACUCUUUUUCUUCUUGUUGCAGCCAGAGGAAGGGAAGUUUGCUACAAAAGGCUUGGAUGCUUUACAGAUAGCCCCCCUUGGUCUGGGAUCCCAGGGAGAGAACUUGCAGGCUUGCCCAGCUCUCCGGAAGCUGUGAACACCAAUUUCCUCCUUUACACUAGAGACAACAUCAUGAAAUAUCAAAAAAUUUCUGCUACAAAUGUUUCAACUAUCAAAACUUCGAAUUUCCGAACGCACAGGAAAACUCGCUUCAUUAUACAUGGCCAUCUUGCUGGAGCAGACCUCCCCUGGAUAACAAAUACAUGCAGGUUCAUGUUUCACACUGAAGACGUGAACUGCAUUUUGACCGACUGGAGAGGUGGCUCUAGUGGUUUGUACACCGAAGCAGUUAACAACGUCCGCAUUGUGGGGGCUGAGCUGGUAUAUCUGGUGAACCUUCUUGAGAAAGAGUAUGGCUACUCUCCUGCCAACAUUCAUUUCAUCGGCCAUAGUCUUGGAGCACAUGCUGCAGGGGAGGCAGGGAGAAGGAAACCUGGCAUUGGAAGAAUAACAGGUUUGGAUCCAGCUGGGCCCCUUUUCCAGUAUACUCCCACAAGGGUUAGGCUGGAUCCUUCAGAUGCAAAAUUUGUUGAUAUAAUUCAUACUCACGCUGGUCAUCUUUUCUUUGACUUUGCUCCAGGAAUUCUUCAGACUUGUGGCCACCUGGAUUUUUACCCAAAUGGUGGGAAGAAGAUGCCAGGAUGCAAGCAGCUUCGUGUACCUCCUGCAACUCAGAAUAUCAAUGACCUUAUGAGAGAAUAUAGAUCUAUUGGAUGUGGACAUAAAAGAAGUCUCCGGUAUUAUGCUGAGAGUAUUAUCACUCCCGAUGGAUUUGUUGGGUAUCAGUGUGAAACAUAUCGAGCUUUUGUAUUGGGAGACUGCUUCCCAUGUCCGAAGGAAGGAUGCCCACUGAUGGGUCAUUGGGCUGAUAAGUUUUCACAUAAAACUGAAAAAGAACAGCAAAAGGUUUAUCUAAACACAGGGCCCUCCUCUCCAUAUGCUCGCUGGCGAAAAGAGAUACAUGUCAGAAUAUCUGCAACAGAAACCAUGAAGGGAAAUAUAGAUGUAGCCUUGACUGGAACUAAUGGUAACAGGAAAAAAUAUACAAUUGACAAAGGAACUUUCAAACCAGGCAACACAUACUUGAACUAUAUUGAUACAGAAAUUUCUGGGAACAUUUCAAAAGUUGAGUUUCUCUGGAAAAAGCAUCUAGGUCACGUACACAGAGGCUGCAUGGGAGCUGAAGAAGUCACAAUAAUAUCUGGGGAAAACGGAAAUGUGUCUGUGUUCUGUGGCUGUGGAACCGUGCGGCCGAGCACGUGGCAAGCCCUGGCGCUUUGCUAA